CGAUAACUGGAGGGAAAUAGAAAGACAUGGCUUUGAGUUUGCAUCAACUGCGCUUGGCGAUUAUACAAGUAGCAAUCGCCAACGCUGAUCAGAGUACAGACUGGCGUAUCCUGAUUGCAAAACUCCAGAUUCAUAGAGUCCAACCAGAAAAUGCAAUAUUAUGGGCCGUUGAAAAUAACGUUGACUUAGACACGGACACGUUAACAUUAUUGAUCAGAGCAGGCGCUGAUAUCAAUGCUAGCAACUUUAACGAGAUAACUUCGCUUAUGCUGGCCAUAAAAAAGAGUAAUGUUAACAAUGCUAUUGAAUUACUUGAGCAUGGAGCUGAUGUAGACGCCAUCGACGAUUGUGGAAAGACAGCGUUGAUACAUGCAAUAGAAGGAGGAAAUCUAGAUUUAGAAUGUGUCAGUGUUUUGUUAAAGAAGGGCGUAGAUCUAAACAUACGCGACCAUGAUGGAAAGAAUGCUUUGGAUUAUGCGAUAUUGGAAACAAUUUACAAAAUAACAUUGGAAAGAAUCGAAAAUUUCGAAAUGGAUUUGAAGUUA